GUGACUCGGUGGGCGUACGAAGUCUGCAAAGUCGGCAAAGCGGAGUUGCAUUGUUGCAUGUGUUUCAUCUCAGGGUGAACUGUUGCACACGUUGUACGGAAGGUGCCAUUGCUGUGCUUAGAUCGUGAUAGCAAUUCAUAGAGCUACUCGGCGUCGCUUAGCGCCGCUGAUGUAAGUGUUGGCGAGUGUGUGAAUGGAGUCGUAUCUAAAGCUCCUGAAGAGGUCAUAUCGCGCAUCCAACGCGGGGCUCCCGUCGCGGCUGCUACGAACCGACACAAUUGUCACGUGCUAUGACCGACGCCCCCACUAGGUAGUGCGGUGCCUUAUCGUAAGAAAUAAAUGACCUGUCAGGUGCAGCAAUGGGAAGUGUGGUUGCCCCGACGAGAUGCCUCCUGUGCGCCUUGCGCGUGAACAAACUAUUUCGCUGUGGUGAGCUGCAGGUAUGGCAGCACUGGACCAAAGCAUGACUGUUUCGCGGGCUCGCAGAGCUCACCACGUUCGUUCGCGGUCGGACCUUGUCGGCCUGGUGCCACCGGCCGCACAGAUGCGCACCUCCAUCUCCUACCCGGCACAGCUGAUGACGACCGGACGCAGGAGCUUUCUUGACGAAGGCCGACGACUGGUGCCUGCUACCGAGUGCUUCUUCCCCACACCCCACAGGGGCCAGAGCCUGACCAGCUUUCUCUCCUCGGCUGACUUUGGCACUUGCGGAGAACUGGACAGGGAGAACGCACACAUAUAUGUGUCGGAAGCCCUGAUUGCUGCAUUUGAGCAGAUGCGGUGCAGUCGGGCAAUGAGGGUGGCCGAGGACGACGACCAGGACGACAGUGAUGAGGAGAUCGCUCGCUUGCGGCAGCGGAUACGAAUUCGCCGGAAGGAGCGCCUCCGUGAGAAGGCCCUCAUUGAACGGCAGCUGAGCGAGGAUGGCAAGCGCAACCCCGGGUGGUGCUGUGUGGACGUUGCAGUGAACACAGUGGCCACCACAAGCACAUCGCCCCUGAGCUCAGCCUACUCGUCGCCCUGCUUCCAAGCGGACUUCAGUGACAAUGAUGACGAUGUUGACGAAUACGAGUUGUCAGCAGAUGACCUUGAGUCCAGCCUGUCCGGAGUGCGUGAAUGUGGCCUAUCCCUCUCUCUGGCCUCGCUCUAUUCGGAUGCAGAUUUGCUGAAGACGACGUCAUCAGUGUGUCGGCCUCAGGAAGACACCACUCAAACGUGCUCCUCAGCCGAGGCAGUGGCCCUGAACCUGCUCAAGCGCUUUUCAGAGAAGCAGCUGCCCAAGGCCUCAGACCUGCAAUGGCUUGUGUCAGAGCAAGAUGCAGCCCAGUCGUUGCUGCCUCUGCCUGAUGCCUGGCCUGUUUCACCAGAUGAAGUGGAGGAGGAGUACUACAGUACGCACAAGAUGCGUCUCCGAGGGAACUCUGAGUGGGCGCCACCAAGGGCACAAAUCAUCUUCAACAUGCAACCAGAACUGAAGCGCAAGGAUCAACUCGCCAAGCAGAAAUACCGCUGUGCUGGCUGUGGGCUUCGGGUCAACCAAGCUCAGCUGAGCCGCCUGCGCUACUGUGAGUACCUGGGCAAGCUGUUCUGCCAUUGUUGCCAUAGCAACAGCCGGGCAGUGAUCCCGGGACGCGUGCUACAGCGCUGGGACUUCUCACCUCAUCCGGUGUCCAACUUUGCUCGCGACUUGCUUGACCGCAUGGCUGUCGACCCUCUGUUCAACGUGCACGACCUGAACCCAAGCCUCUUCCGGAGGGUCAAGGCGCUGGACCGGAUAAGGCAGUGUCGCAUUGCACUGCACUACCUGCAGCAAUACAUCCACUGCUGCCGGCAUGCCACACAGCUGCGGGACUCCCUGGGGGCGCUUCGACCGCACCUGCUGGCUGCUGAGCCACACUUGUACUCCCUGGAGGAGCUGGAGCAGGCGCGCCAGGGCACCCUGCUAGCCCAGCUGCGAGGCCUGCAGGAGGAUUGUGAGCGGCACUGCCUUGGCUGCCCCAUCUGCACGGGCCGCGGUUUCAUCUGCGAGAUCUGCAGCAAUGCGGACCAGCUUGUCUUCCCCUUCCAGCUGGCCUUGGCUGCACAGUGCACAGGCUGCAAGGCAUCCUUCCACAGGACCUGCUUUGUGCCUGGUGCUUGUCCAAAGUGCAGACGUCUGAAAACCAGGAGGCAAAGCAUGUUGGAAGCAGAUGCAUCAUCGACAUGAAAGCUCGCCUGGUCCAUGCUCCAUGUCCUUUUAUUGACAGCCUUAUAAGGUCAUGUUUUUAAGGAGUUUUAUUUACUUAGACAAUGUGACCGUCAGCUUUUAUGACUGUGCCCUUCUGUUGAAGGCAGUGAUGGCUAUCAGUGAAUGAGAUCACAUUCAAAUUUCUCAAAAUCAAAUCUGCCACAAGUGUGCUUUCCAGCUAAUCAGGAAGUACUAAACUCAAUUUUAGUGGCUUUUCAAAUUUAGCCUUUAUGUGCAUCACAAGCACCAAGAUUAGGUUGCAGAUAGAGCAGAACUCUCAUCGAGUUCCUUAGUUUUGCUUCUAAUUGUUGCUGAUAAUGGUCUAUUUUGUUACUGCGCUGGUUAUGGCUUGAGCGCAUGCAUGUGUAACUGUUCUGCUUUGGGAUAGCACACAAGUUGUGGAAAUGCACAAGGAUAUUUAUCUGACCAGAAAUCUGUUUUGUUUAAUGCGGUGAGUGAUAAGCAUUGUAGCAGUUGAAAGAAAGUGACACUUUUUCAACAGCCACGUGGAUAUUUUAAAUGUGGCUGACAUGGUUCUUCUUAAAGCCGUGUGCUGAAGCAACACCAAAGACUUCUCGAAUUUACUUCAUGAUAGCACACUUCGAUAUAGCUAAAAGCUUCAUUACUGAUGAAAAGAGGCCGCAGAUUCUUUUAUUGCAUUUCCUCUUGCUGUAGGUGGGGUAGUGCAUAUUAAAGUGUAGCAAGCUUUGUGAAGCCUGUGCUACCAUGCACAAACUAUUUAGAAAUGGCAGCUGGGCCUAGGAGUGUGAUAUGGGGGGGGGAGAGCAAGUGUAAUAUACAAGAGCCAUAUUUUUUCAUGUUGCAUAAUAAUUAAAUGUUCAGAUGAGCAAUAAAAGGCCAUGUAUCUGCAUGCA